CUUGUGUGGGAUACUGGAAGAAUAAUAAUGUUGAAAUCAUCACAAAUGACCAAGGGAACCGAAUCACCCCGUCUUAUGUAGCUUUCACAAAUGAAGAGCGAUUCACUGGCGACGCUGCUUGGAACCAAGCUGCAACCAAUUCUGCCAACACAGUUAAUGAUGCUAAGAGGUUGAUCGGCAGGAGAUUUAGUGAUGAGUUAGUCCAAGAAGACAUGAAACUAUGGCCGUUCAAGGUCACUCCUGGUGCAGAUGAUAGGCCUCUGAUUAUUGUUACCCACAAAGGUAAAGAAAAACAAUUCACCGCGGAGGAGAUUUCAUCCAUGGUUCUAUCUAAGAUGAAGCAUAUAGCCGAGGCUUACAUUGGAUCAACAGUGACUGACGCAGUUAUAACCGUCCCUGCCCAUUUCAAUUUGUCACAGCGUCAAGCUACCAUAGAUGCCGGAGAAAUCGCCGGCAUUAACGUGUUAAACAUCAUUACAGAACCAGCAGCCGCAGCGAUUGCUUACGGGCUCGAUCUCCAUUCCGCGGGUUCCGAUGAGAAAAACAUUCUUGUGUUUGACCUAGGAGGCGGUACUUUUGAUGUUGCGGUUCUCACCAUUGACAAGGGUAACAUUCAAGUAAGAGCUACCUGUGGUGAUUCUCACCUUGGUGGUAAAGACUUUGACGAUCGAAUGGUGAACCACUUCAUGGAGGAAUUCAAGAAGAAGCACAAAAAAGAUAUGAGUGGAAGUCCUAAAGCGAUUAGGAGAUUAAGAACAGUUUGCGAGAAGGCUAAGAGGGUGCUUUCCUCAAAUCGCGAAACAACCAUCGAGGUCGAUUCCCUAUUUGAAGACAUUGACUAUUCAACAACUAUUACGAGGUCCGAAUUCGAGGAAUUGAACUCGGAUUUAUUUGCCAAGUGCAUGAAGACGGUUGAAAAGUGUUUGAGAGAUGCCAAAAUGAAGAAGAAUACACUGGAUGACGUCGUCCUCGUUGGCGGUUCGAGUAGGAUCCCAAAGGUUCAACAAAUGCUGAGUAACUUUCUAAACGGAAAAGAACUUUGUAAGAAAAUCAACCCAGACGAAGCGGUAGCUUGUGGUGCAGCUGUUCAAGCCGCAAUCUUGAGCGGCCGAGGUGAUGACAAGGUUCGGGAUCUCAUGCUUACGGAAAUUACUCCGUUAUCUCUAGGUUUAGGAUCGAUGGGAGACAAAAUGUGGGUAGUAAUUCCUAGAAAUACCCCCAUCCCUACCAAGGUAUCAAUACGUUGUUAUACUGCUCAUGAUAACCAAACUUAUGCAAGUUUUAAAGUGUACGAAGGUGAGAGUUCCAUAGCAAGUAAGAACCAUUUGUUGGCUGAGUAUGUGGUUGAUGGCAUUCAAAAGGCCCUCAAAGGAGUGCCGAUUGAACUCUGCUUUAAUUUGCGAGCCAACGGCAUCUUGGAGGUCAGUGAGCCGGAUACAAGAACGGGUGCAGAGAAGAGCAUAACUAUUGUCAAUAGUGGAAGACUAUCGAGGGAUGAAGUCGAGAAGAUGAUGAAGGAAGCAAAUGAAUUCGCGGCCGAGGACGAAAAGCACAUGGAGAAGCAGAAAGCGCGGAAUGAUUUUGAGAAAUACUUCUGUGACAUGAGAAAUUUUAUAGGCAAGACAAACUUGUCAUCUGUUGACAGAAGAAGGGUUGAAUACGAAAUUAACAAGGCGUUUCAAUGGUUGGAUGGGCAAACAGAGGUUGCCGAAGUUCGUGAAUAUGAAAAGAAGAAGAUGGAACUCACCGCUCUCAUCCAAAACCAAAGUGGCUGAUGCGAUGAAGCCAAAUCAAUGCGACUUUUUAUGUUUAAAUGUAAUAGUUUUCCUUUCCGUUUUUUCGCUGCU